UCAUCUUCUUUUUUUCUCUUUUUUACUGAGAAUUGAAUCUUCUUUAAUUAGGAAUUCUUGUAGGAAGGCUGACGACUACAUAAGCUAAAAGACUACGACUAAAUUUUGGUUAAAAAAAACAAAAUAAUUUGUGGGGUUUGAGUUUUGAAGUCAUUUCUUGAUUUCUUAUUUUGGGUGCUUGAAAUUUGGAAGGAAAAAAAUUGUGGGGUUUGAGUUUUUUAGUCAUUUUGUUGAUUAUAUAAUUUGGGGUUCUUGAAUUUUUGGAAAAAAAAUUGUGGGGUUUGAAUUUUGGAGUCAUUUUGUUGAUUAUACAAUUUGGGGUUCUUGAAUUUUUGGAAAAAAAUUGUGGGGUUUGAGUUGUUUAGUCAUUUUGUUGAUUAGACAAUUUUGGGUAAAAAUACAAAGAAAAUAUUGAGGGGCUUGAGUUUUGGAGUCAUUUUGUUGAUUAGACCAUUUGGGGUUCUUGAAUUUUGUUUUAGAAAAAAAGUUCAGAGAAUUAAAAGCUUUGUGGAUUACUCAUAAGAUAAUGAAAGGGGAUAGAAUGGCAAAAAGAUCAUCUUUUGGAAGCAUUGUGAGGAAGAGGCUAUCAGAUAUAACAAAUUCUCUUCCACAAACACAACAAAAAACGCCUAUUGAUGUCGAUAAGGUUUCGCCUGAUGUUGUAUCAAUGAAGGAGUACAUUAAUCAUCUUGCCAAAGAAAAUGUUGCAUUGGUGAAGAUUGUUCAAGAAAAGAACAAGAUUAUAGAGUUGAGUGGACUUGAGCUUCAAAAAAUGAGGAUUCAUCUUCAAAAAAUGCAGCUACAAAACUGGAAUCUUGCUCAAUCGAAUAGUCAAAUGUUGGCGGAACUCAAUUUAAACAGAGAAAAGAUGAAGUCGCUACAACACGAGCUGGUUUGCAAAGAGGUAUUACUUAAAUCGCGGAAUUUGGAAGAGGAACAAGAACAACAAAAGAACCAGUCGACGAAUGACUUGCUGGAUGAAGAGUUUAUGGAUAUCGACUCUCAGUUGAACAAACAUAGCAAGCCUAGAAAUGGUAACAGACGCCAGCGUGCUACAAGAACUCAAUCUAUGGGCCAUUCGACAACCUCUCAACAAGCUGCAGAAAAAGAAGCAGCAGAAAACAAAAGGCGAUGUUUGAGAAGAAAGUCUACUAAUUCCAAAGUACAACAGCCAGAACCAGCAGCAGAGGACUUGUUUGAAUUAGAAGGCCUUGCUGUACCCUUUAACAGUCCGGUUACGGUUCACACAGACAAUCUUAUUCCAUCGUCUUUCUCUGGCGUUGAAGAAGUGAACCAUGACAAGGAAAAUGUAGUGCCACUUUCGCGAAGGAGUUCUAUUGGAAGACCAUCGCGUAAAGCAGCCGAAAAGGUUCAGUCCUACAAAGAGAUUCCAGUUAACAUCAAAAUGAGAAGAGUUGCAUGAGCUUUUAUAGAGCUUGAAGACUAUUAUUAACUCCAUCCAUUUAUGUUAUGUAUGCUAUGGUUAUUCUAUGUUAAUCCUGUAUUGUCACAUUUUGAUUGUUCUGUAUAUUAUCCUUAUUGGCUAAAUAGUGUAACUUGGAUCAAAAUUAACUAGUCAUUUGCUAUAUUUUAGGCCCA